AUGUCUCAGCGUUCCAGCAUCAGGAAUUAUUUCAAACGGCCAGAUUUUUCAGCUAGCAGAGAUUCCCGGUACGAGGAUCCAAGCGAAACUCCUGCCGCGAGUUCUCAGUCUUCUCCCCUUACUGAACCACCGUCGUCCUUUGUAUCCAAUGGUGGAUCUCCACAAACUCCAGAUGGCCCAGCAUUGCAGUUGAAGCAAUCAUUGUUACUCUCUGUCACAGAUUCUGCAGAAAAUUCACAGCACCAACCAAGCUCCCAGAAUACUGAACCCACAGCUUCUGAUCCAACAUUACCACCAAGCUUUAACUUGGCCCAGCGCGUUGUUAGGAACGGAAAGGAAGUUGUAAUUAGCUCCGAUGGUGAAGAUACAGACACAAGCGAGGUCUUUGAAGAUCCAACCUCUCUUUUUCUGAAAUUUGCGAAACCAGAUGGUGUCUCUACAAGUGAGGAUACAAACAAUGAUUCUUCUAGCCACGGGAGGACUUUGCGUUCCCAGCCGUUAAGAGACGAAGUGAAACCCAGAAGGUUUUCUCUGAGUCGCGUUUCUGCUCCGAAGUACAAGCACUCUAUUGAUAGUCUUGUUACUCAAGCCGUCGAUGACAAUGAGACCGAGGCAAGCAUUGCAAAGCUUAGGGCUGCUUUGGAAGAGGAAAAUGCCCGGAAGGCCGCGUCAAAGUCUGAGACAGCUCCAGGCUUACAACAGUUGCACGAAGGUAUUCUGACGUCGGCUCUCGACGACCAGAAUGACGAAAUGGGGCUGCGACGUCUACUUGAUGCUGUCCGGCGAACAGAAGCAUUUGAUAUGGAGAAAUCAUGGUUUUUCUUCGACCACGGCAGUGAAUUAGCACCUCCUCCGGCGUUUCCACGGAACUGUAUAGCAGCAAAGUCAAGUCUAUCUGUGCUAAGAGAUCCUGAAUCGAGAGAACGAGCAUUUCAUUCAGGCUCUGUUGAUUUCGCAUUGUCAAGAGGGCUCCUGCCUGACGAGUUGGUGAUGUGGAUGCUUAAUUCUAGUUUGUUGACACGAAUCCUUGAGCUAAACAUUACGCUUACAUCCUUCAGUACCCUCGGAACCUCGAGAUACACUAAGGAACGCUUAUUGCCGGGCAUUCAAGAACGUGUACAGUCACUCGUACGACCGGACAGCAUUGAUGCCAUUUUUCAAAUGAUGGGGGCAAACCAGAAGGCCUUGACAUUCUCUGAAGUUAUAGUUCCAGACGCAAUUCCCAAAAAUAGUUCGCUGCGAGCAGCGCCACGGCACCACGCUGCUCUGCUGUCUAUUUUAAACCUGCUGCGCGGAGCAGCAGAUCUAUUCUCCGACGAGACUAGAGAGCGCAUACUUAGUAUUCUUUUCCGCCUUUCGCUCGACAUCUCACUAACUCGCGACCCCAUGGUUUGCUCGGAAUUGGAACGGACUAUAACUGCGGUGUUGGAGAGUAUCUCUGAAGAAACGGCGGAUAAGUUGGUAUAUCGCGUGUGCACAUCUACCUAUGAAACCAUCAAAGACUCUGUAUUCCAAAGCCGUCUUCUGACGCACAUCUUGCCAACAUCAAGCUGGAUUGCGAUGCUACGCUGCCGUCUCGCCGUCGCGUUCUUGACCAAGGAUCCUUCUCCACUAACUGAGGAGCCGGACGUGAUGGUUUAUUUACAAAGAAUGAUCGAUGUCCUGAAAGACAAACGAUUUGACGUGAAGAGAUAUAAGACGAAAGGCCAGCCCGAGUACGACUAUGGAGAACUUAUGGCUACAGCUACUGUCCUCAAUAUUGCUAUCGAUUCCGGCUGGUCCGGCGUGGACUUUUCGAGCAAAGAUGCAGAGCGGGAAUUCAACUCCGAGGUUGAUGUGCUCGCGGACCGGAUCAAGAGAAUAUUCACCUCUAUUGAGGAUUCGGGCGCAUCCCAUCUCAAGCGGACCCUAGCGAAGGAGGCCCUUGAAGCCUUGUACUACCGCAUCAUAUACUCUGUCAGGACCAAGCCACGCCCGAAGAAAUCAAUAUUCGGAGAGAAUGGGGCUGAUGGUCAAAACAAAAAGGUUUUCGACCCGUGGAAGGUCAAGAUAAAACAAGACCCGGAAAACCCCACCCAACAACCAGGGACUUCGCAAUGA